GAAACGAGUAUUUUCAGACUCGGACGCAGAAGCAGCCCUCUACACGUCUACUCCUCUAAUUUGAUCAUUUUAUUAAUGCUGGCUGUGCGUGACACCUUCUACGGGUAGAAACGCCAGUAAAAGAGCCAGCUGCGACAGUUAUUAGAAACAUUUGAGGCGUCUUUGACUGUGAAAUCGGAGGCUUGAGUGUGAGGCCAGGGCGUGUUUGAAUCUCAACAGUUGGAGAGACCAGCGUGCCUCCUCCUCCUCCUCACUCCUCCCUCCUUGGUGGAUGCUAGCUCGGUAGCCCUUUGCAUGUCGUAGCGCUCGUAGUUCAAAAGUUGUGUCUCGUCUACAGUUUUUGUUUGUAUUUGUAUCGGAGGUCAGGCUAGAAGAAGAUGGGAUGUACUCUGAGCACGGACGACAAGGCGGCGCAGGAGCGCAGCAAGAUGAUCGACAGAAACCUGCGGGACGACGGAGAGAAAGCCGCCCGGGAGGUGAAGCUGCUGCUGCUCGGUGCUGGAGAGUCUGGAAAGAGUACAAUUGUUAAACAGAUGAAGAUCAUCCAUGAAGCCGGCUACUCAGAGGAGGAGUGUAAGCAGUACAAGGCAGUUGUCUACAGCAACACCAUCCAGUCCAUUAUUGCCAUCAUCAGAGCUAUGGGACGACUCAAGAUUGACUUUGCUGAUGCAGCCAGAGCGGAUGAUGCGCGGCAGCUGUUUGUGUUGGCCGGCUCAGCAGAGGAGGGCUUCAUGACAGGCGAGCUGGCCGGGGUCAUCCAGCGGCUGUGGAAGGACGGAGGAGUACAGGCCUGCUUCAGCCGCUCCCGAGAGUACCAGCUCAAUGACUCAGCAGCAUACUACCUGAAUGACUUGGACAGGAUAUCCCACGGUGCGUAUGUGCCCACCCAACAGGAUGUGUUGAGGACCAGGGUCAAAACUACCGGUAUUGUGGAAACACACUUCACUUUCAAGGACCUGCAUUUCAAAAUGUUUGAUGUCGGCGGACAGAGAUCAGAGAGGAAGAAGUGGAUCCACUGUUUCGAGGGAGUCACUGCCAUCAUCUUCUGUGUGGCUCUGAGUGAUUACGACCUGGUGCUGGCUGAAGAUGAAGAGAUGAACCGAAUGCAUGAGAGCAUGAAGCUGUUCGACUCCAUCUGCAACAACAAAUGGUUCACAGACACCUCCAUCAUCCUCUUCCUCAACAAGAAAGACCUGUUUGAGGAAAAGAUUAAGAAGAGCCCUCUUACAAUCUGCUACCCAGAAUAUGCAGGCUCCAACACUUAUGAGGAGGCAGCAGCUUACAUUCAGUGCCAGUUCGAGGACCUGAACAAGAGAAAGGACACCAAGGAGAUCUACACCCACUUCACAUGUGCCACCGACACCAAGAACGUGCAGUUUGUGUUCGAUGCCGUCACUGACGUCAUCAUCAAGAACAACCUGAAGGACUGCGGCCUUUUCUAAAGGCAGCCUGGUGGCCGACUUACCAAGUGACUUUGAGUCUGAACUUCACGGACACCGCUGAGUGUCACUUUUAACCUCUUAUUAACUUAUGUUCAUCUCUAAAAGUUUUAAAGACGGAGUGUAGAAAAACAUUUU